CCGCCGGCCUGCUAAUAUAGUCCAGAGUUCCAGAGAGUCGCCUCGCCGCCGCCGCUGCUGCUCUGCUGCUGCUCCACGCAAGGCCCCCAGACCCCCUGACCACCUCGCCGGAUCACCACCAGCCUUAGGUAUUAGCCCAUCGCCCGUUCGUCCAGAGCACCGCCCAAAAACCUGCGCCGCCCUCCCCGUCAUCCUCCGUAAUUUUGCUUCUGCCAUCAUCACCAGCCCUCUCUGCCUUCUGCCUCUCCCACUGCCACCAGCCUGCCAUCAGCCAGCACGUCGCACCGUCAGCACCGCUCCACCGUGCCAUUGCCCACGCAAAAAUCUUUCGUUGCCGCCGGCCUUUGAAGAAAAUACCACUUGUCGGGAAAUCCUCCAGAACGGAAAGGCUUUGCCUCGCUCGCUCUCUAGGUACCCUCGAUCGAGACAAAGGGAAAAAAACGCCACAAGGAAAUCAUCAUCGUCUGCCAGACGCGAUGGCUCCCGCCGCCAAGGCAGCCGACGCCCGACGCAAAUCGGCGACCAAACACGGUCUGCUCGUCACCCUCAGCGUGCCGCCCGCCCUGCUACGCGACAUCUUUCCCUCCUCAGAGUCUAUCAAGGAAGGCUCCCAGUCUCCGGCGUCUAAGAGCUCCAAGGCCAACUCAGAACCUAAGGAGUCGCCCGCCAGCCCCAGCGCGCUGGCCGCGUCUGCGGCUCCCUCGAAUGCCGACGCUGCCUCCGACUCAAAUGCUGCCACUCCGGCCGCCGAGGGCACGCCCUCCUCAACACCAAUGCCGCCCCCGACGACGAAGAAGGGAGUCAAGCGAUCUGCCACUGCCGUGAACGGCACCAACAAUGACGGCAUACCCAAGCCCAGAGGCAAGCCGGGCCCUAAGAAGAAGCCUCGACUCGAGGACGGCACUAUUGACCACAGCGGUACGACGGGUCGCCCGUCUGCCCAUAAGCUUGGUCCCAAGGCAAACCAGGGAGCCAUCAACGCAGGCCUCCGUGCCCUCGACCGGUCCGGCAAGCCCUGCCGAAGAUGGGCCAAGGGUGGCUUCAAGCUCAAGAGUUUCACGGGAGUCGUCUGGGAAAUCCCACGCUGGACCGCUCCUCCGCGGACCGUCCCUGAGUCGAGUGCUGAGGACUCUGCUGCCCCAUCCGCCGAGGGCAGCAACAAAGAGAACAAGGAGAAUGGAAAUGAGAACGAGAACGAGAACGAAAACGAAAACGGCAACGAAGGCAACAGCGUUUCCAAAAGCGAAAGCGGUGCAGAUGUCGAGAUGCAGAGCGCGCCGAGCAUCCAAGCGUCGUCACCUGCACCCGUUCCUGUGGUGGCGGCCUCAUGA